AUGUCCCAGUCCUACACUAGACGCAUUCUCGGGGACAUGCGGCGGAUGUCAGAGUACAAUGGCAUCUUCGCCACGGUGGACCCCAACAACAUAUCCCUCUGUGACGCUGUGGUCAUUGGCCCCUCCAGCACAAUCUGGGAACAUGGCGUCUUUAGGCUUAAGGUGACAUUUACUAAUAAUUAUCCUGCCGAGCCACCAGCGGUAAGAUUUCUCUCAAGCAUUUAUCAUCCCAACGUCUACAAAGACGGGAAGAUAUGCCUUGACAUCCUGACCAAAAAGGAGUGGAAACCUGUAUAUGAUUUGGGUACUGUGCUUACCAGCAUACGCUCGUUACUCUGCGACCCCAAUCCCAAGGAUCCCGCUAACUGUGAUGCAGCAUAUGAGUACAUAUACGACAGACAUCUGUACGAAAUGAAGGUGCGUGAGUGCGUGCGCAACAGCUGGCUGAACCCUUACGAUGUCUACAAGAAAGAAGAGUGA